CUUGGUUUUUCCUGAAACUUCCUGCACAACUAACAGGUUACACAAGCAUGGCCCUUGCUAUAUUAUUAUAAGAAAUUCUAGCUCGCAAAGGCACUUGUCAUCCUAACCUAAUAUACAUAUAUAUUUAUACUCUUCUUCCAUAUUAUAUUUCAAUUCUCUUAUACCUUAGCUUCUUUUUCUUUUUUCAUCAUCCACAUUACUUCUCUCCUGCGAUAGCCCAAUUAUUUUUAUUCUUUUUUGUUCUCUUGUCCUGCAACUUUAAAACAAUUAAUGAACAUGGGCUUGAGAGACAUAGGAGCAACACUGCCUCCUGGGUUCAGGUUUUAUCCUAGUGAUCAGGAGUUGGUUUGCCAUUAUCUCUACAAAAAGAUUGCAAAUGAGGAAGUUCUAAAGGGAACAUUGGUGGAGAUUGACUUGCAUACAUGUGAGCCAUGGCAGCUCCCUGAAGUGGCAAAGCUGAAUGCAACUGAGUGGUACUUCUUCAGUUUCCGGGACCGGAAGUAUGCGACCGGAUUUCGAACAAAUCGGGCAACGAUAUCUGGAUACUGGAAAGCCACCGGAAAAGAUCGAACUGUGUUUGAUCCAACAACUCGUGAGCUGGUGGGAAUGAGGAAGACUUUGGUAUUUUACAGAAACCGAGCACCCAACGGAAUCAAAACGGGAUGGAUUAUGCAUGAAUUUCGGUUGGAGACCCCACAUAUGCCCCCUAAGGAGGAUUGGGUGCUGUGCAGAGUUUUUCACAAGAGCAAGGGCGAGAACAGCAACAACCUCAGCCCAGAAUUUAUAUUCGAUCCCACGGCAAAUGCUGAUCCAUUAAAUUCAGCUGUAUCUCCCACAAAUGACAGGGCCAUGCCUUUUGGAUAUCAGCCAAAUACUCCUCUCUAUCAAAACCACUGUCAAAAUAGUUCUAUGCUGAAUCUUCUUCAAUAUUCACAAGAGAAGAACACCAGUCACAUCCCUGAAAUCACCUCCAAAGGUGAGCACAAUGAUGACGAGUACGGAUUCCUAUGGGAGGGCAUGGCGCUGCAAGGAAACAACUUGGGAGAUCAUGGGGUGUACUCAAACCUGGAGGAUAUGAGAUUUGAGAUGGAUAAUAAUAUGGUUCUCCUAUGAAAUUAAGUAUCGAACAUUAAACAUGAAAAUUCAUACAGCUCAUUAAAUUGUAUUAUUUAGCUUUUGGUAAGACAUGAGUCAUGUUUGCUUAUAUGGAGGUUUAUUUAGAAGGUUGUAAGUGGCUGUGUAUAUAUUUAGGGUCAAUAUUAUUUUCUACAUAGAUACAAAAAUAUUCCACAUAUGUAUAAAUUAGUUAUGAAAUUCUGUUCGGUAUUGCUGUCA